UCGGCAUAACACAACAGCGGGACCUCACGCUCUGUACAUCUUCCGUGCCCUUCUCUGACCGCCGCGUCACCAACGAGUUUCUCUCCCCUGCCAUGCUCCGGGUCACCUCGCUACUGCCCGCCCUGCUGUUCGUUCUCCUGCCGGGCCCGAGCCGGGGAUAUUUCCCCGAGGAGCGCUGGAGCCCCGAAUCUCCGCUCCUCGCUCCCCGGGUUGUCAUCGCGCUGGUCUGCCGCAACUCGGCGCACUCUCUGCCGCUGUUCCUCGGAACCAUCGAGCGCCUCGACUACCCAAAGGACCGCAUUGCGCUUUGGGUGGCGACAGAUCACAACAUAGAUAACACCACAGCCAUCCUGAGAGAGUGGCUCAUCAAGGUGCAGAAUGAUUAUCACUAUGUGGAGUGGAGGCCUGAUGAUGAACGCAGAGCCUUUGAAGACGAGGGGGGGCCUAAGCACUGGAAUAAUCUCCGUUAUGAACAUGUAAUGAAGCUCCGCCAGGCAGCGCUGGAGACCGCCCGUGAGAUCUGGGCCGACUACCUCCUGGUGGCUGACUGUGACAACCUGCUCAUCAAGCCGGAUGUGUUGUGGAAACUGAUGAGCGAGAACAAGACGAUUGUAGCACCCAUGCUGGAGUCCAGAGCUGCCUACUCUAACUUCUGGUGCGGCAUGACUUCACAGGGUUACUACAAGCGCACACCAGCCUACAUGCCUAUCCGUAAGCGGGAACGCCAUGGCUGUUUCGCUGUACCGAUGGUCCACUCUACCUACCUAGUGGACCUACAGAAAGAGGCCUCUCGUCAGCUGGCUUUUUAUCCACCACACCCAGAGUACAGCUGGGCCCUGGAUGAUGUCAUCGUCUUUGCCUACUCAGCUCGCAUGGCAGAUGUGCAGAUGUACGUGUGCAACAAAGAAACUUAUGGGUAUUUUCCAGUUCCAAUGCCCUCCCACGCUACCUUGCAGGAUGAGCUGGAGAGCUUCUUGCACACUCAGCUUGAGGUCAUGGUGAAAAAUCCUCCAUUGGAGCCCUCCAGCUUCCUGUCUCUUCCUCCCAAACAGCCUAACAAGAUGGGCUUUGAUGAGGUGUUUAUGAUCAAUCUGGUGCGGAGAUCUGACCGUCGGGAGCGAAUGCUAAGAGCGCUGUACGAGCAGGAGCUCAGCUGUAAGGUUGUAGCUGCUGUGGACGGCAAAGCUCUGAACAAGACUGACAUAGAGUCCAUGGGGAUUAAGAUGCUGCCGGGAUACAAAGACCCUUAUCAUGGUCGGCCUCUCACCAAGGGGGAACUGGGUUGUUUCCUGUCUCAUUACAACAUCUGGAAGGAGAUAGCAGAUCGUGGUCUGCAGACCUCCCUGGUCAUCGAGGACGACCUCCGCUUCGAGGUGUUCUUCAAACGUCGUCUACAGACGCUGCUGCAGGAGGCGACGACACACAAGCUGGACUGGGAUCUCAUUUACAUUGGACGGAAGCGAAUGCAGGUGGACCACCCAGAGACGUCUGUACCGAACAUCCACAAUCUGGUGGAGGCAGACUACUCCUACUGGACACUAGGCUACAUGUUGUCAUUACAAGGAGCCCAGAAGCUCCUUAGGGCUGAACCUCUGAAAAAGAUGCUUCCUGUCGAUGAGUUCCUCCCUGUCAUGUACAACAAACACCCGGUUUCAGAGUACAUGGACCACUUUGAGCGUCGGGACCUGCAUGCGUUUUCUGCUGAGCCGCUUCUGGUGUAUCCAACCCAUUACACAGGAGACGCGGGCUACAUCAGCGACACGGAAACAUCGGUGGUCUGGGACAACGACACCAUCAAAACCGACUGGGACCGAGCCAAGUCGAGGAAAACUCAGGAGCAGGGGGAGCUGAGCUUUGAGGCCCAGAACUCUGAUGUACUGCAGUCUGAACUGGAGAACUGGAGCGCACGGGACGAGCUGUGAUGAAGAGGGGAGGAGACGAGGAGGAGAGAUGGGAGAGAACUCUGGCGUAUAGAGAUAAGGAAGAGGGAGACAGAACAAAGCUGUGAUAGUGGGGGAAAUGGAUAAGACGGAGGGAAUAUAACAGAAUGCAGGAGAGGAGGGAGGAAGGGCAGAGUAGAUGAGGGACAAAUGCUUAUCCUUGUACAUUUCUCUCUCCAAUCAAUCAAUCAGUCAAUCAAUCAAGUUUAUUGUCACAUGUAUACAUACAAUCUUUGAUCUAUCCACUACUUGAUCUUUCUCUGAAGAGAGGAGGUUAGAUGUAGAUUUAACUCUUGAAGAGUCAGCUAGCAGCUUGUUUUAUUUAUUGCAUCCAGCGCACUUCCCUUGACCACAGCCUGGUCCUCAAAUAGUUCCAUGUUUGAAACAGUAUUUCUCGCAGACUGAAUACCACAAUAUCCAAAAAUUCCCUCUGUCUGUAGCUUUUAACAGAAAAAAAAGAAACAGGAGAAGAUGCAGUAUUAAGCCCAACUCUAAAAAUGACUUCAACAACUUCACGUCACCAAAACUAAAUACAUGUAAAAAGCUGCAGAAUGUUUUGGGUUUGAAAUGUGAGACUGUAAAAUAAACAAAGAUUUUGCUACAUCUCUUCUAUACAGAACUAUACUCUGCUAUACUCUCAGUGGUUCCCAACCUGUUUGGCUUGUGGCCCCUUAAAAAGAAGCAAUGUCUCUUUGUAACCUUUAAUCGCCAGUCGUGUAUAGCUCCAAGUCACCAGUGUGUUAUUUAAGUAAAGUUGUUACUUAAUACCCUUUUUCUAUUUUUUCACUUAUGAAUGUAUGACUUGCAACUUGUGUUGCAUUUUGUUUGUUGAAGAUCAGAAAAACAAAUGAAUAUAGAUUUUUAGUAACUUUUCAUGUUAUGUCUCUCCUCUGUGUUUACAGAGCGUCUCUUUUUUUAACC